AUGGACUCACCUCACCCAGACGAAAAGAACACCACCCUGACAGAACAAGAACGAAAAAAACUCCGCAAUCGCUUAUCGCAACGAGCCUUUCGUCGCAGACAAGCAGAAUGUAUCCGCGAGCUCAAGAACCGCGUGAACGCAGACCAGCGAUCUGACAGUGAGCGCGUAGAAGCGCUGCAGAAGGAGAAUAAAUUGCUGAGACAGCAGUUGAUUGAUGUGCAGACGAAGAUGUCACGGAUGAUGGCGUCGGUGCAGUUGUUGAGUGAUUCGGUGGCUAAGACGCUUGAUGAUACUGCGAGUGGUGAGGGGGGUGAGCGGCAGAGGGACAGUGAGAGAGAAAGAGAUGAGCAGCUGAAUGGAAAUAAUCGGAAUGAGGAACGGAUUGUUGAAGAGUCUGCGUUGCAGUCGAUUGAUCUGGAGUUUGAUCCGUCGAUCCUGGAGUUUGAUCCGUCGUUUUCAUCAUCAAGCGUCACGGCAUCAACAGACAAUGGCAUCUCAUCAGAGCUCAUCAACGUUUCCGGCACAAGCCCAUUCUACUCUCAGAUCCCGAACAUCUGGAGUCAUGAGUAUCAAAUGGGGAUGCAGCCUUAUCUAACCGCCAUCAGCGCAACAGCCGAGUCAAGUCUAGUCCUUGGGAAAGACUACUCUUUUACCAAUUCGCCAUUCUCAGAUCAUAUCCAAUUACUUCAACGAAUGCUUAAGAAUAAGCUCAAUACCCUUGGAUUCGUUCCAGAAGGUCAUAAUCCUGUGCAGAGUGUCUACCAACCAGUCCUCAUGGUCUUAUCCAUGUUCAACAGCAUGACCCGUCCAGACGUAAUGGCAUGGUACGCCAAAACACGCUUCUACCACAUCAUCGAGCUCACAGCCUGGCAACUCUACCCCUCCUCCGCAACCUUCAACAAACUCCAUCCGCGCUACCGCCCUACACCCGCACAGCUCGAGAACCCUCACCCCGGCAUCAUCGACUGGAUCCCCUUCGCUACAAUCCGCGAUCGUUUAAUCCAGCUACACUCUGCAAAUCCCCACAUCGACCAAAUCUUCUGCGACGCUGUAACCGGCUACGUCGUCGAGGCGCUCAUGUCAGAUCUCGUCCUAGGUGCCCCGCAGAUAACGGUCUACGUACGUGUGACAGACCUCAUCAACACCAUGUCCUCCGCACCAUCCGAGUCCGAAAACACAAUCGCCAUGCUUCCCGCCCCAGACAUCUCAACACUAUUCUCAUCACCUGCUUAUGCCCGCGCUGCAUUUAACAAAUUGAACAUGGACAAGGGCGCGGGCUACUACAAGAUCGACCCCGCAUUCUUCGAAAAGUAUCCUGAGCUCUGGGACCAAGCCAGCGAUGUCACGGCGACGGGAAUGCCGCUGAAGCCAAAGUAUCAAAAGAUCCUCACGUACCCGAAACCGCUCGACUCUUCUACUGUGGAGACUUAUCGAAGCUUUAUCGAUUUUUCCCUCGACGCUGCGAAUACGAUAUCAAUGUCCCCGUGA